AUGUGGCGCACAGAGUAUCCGGUCACUCUAGAGUUUGGCCAAAUUGCGCAUUCUUGGAAGCCCGACGCCAUUGUCAAAGCACUUGAAACGUAUGCAGCUGAUACGCUUGAGGUGCUGGAUUUAAGCUCUGAAAUGUGCGACAUAUCAAAGAAAUUCAUUCAAAGCUCUUUGCUAAACGACCGAGAAAGACACGGCUCCGAGAGAUAUUGCAUCAAGACUUUGAAAGGAUUGUUGGGUCUGCGGAUGGUGUUCCUGCAUGUCACUGCGUUGCCAGCAAAGGACAAAUGGAUCAAAUGGAAUGAGUCUAAUGAUGCAUGCCGACCUGUGUAUCGUAGAUUGGUCGACUUUCUGCCUAAGACAGUGGAGAAAAUACACCUUUGUGGAUCCUUGACAGGCAAAGAGGCACGACAGGUUUUUCACCGCUUGAUUGUUGACGAUCAUCUUUCUUUGCCAAAUUUGCGCCACAUUCAUACCGACCGGCCUAUCAAGAUCAACAAGAGUCUCACGAAACGACUUCAAAGGGAUUUUGGAAUAUGCUUCAAGAUUUUUCGUCGACAUUCCCAGAGUGACAGCAAUCAGAUUCCGUUCCCAAAUCAUGGGCUACUCGUACCCGAAGAUCUUUUCUCCUAUCCAGCACUCAUUGGUGACUACGAUGAAAAGUCCGCCUUGGCCGUUGUCAAAGCAGAAUAUGGUUUUGGGAGAUCAUGGAUGAGUUUGGUGAAGACGAGAGGCAAGAUUGAGACUAAAUAUGGCGAGAAGCUAGAGUCGGAAGAGAAUGGUCGGUCAACGAAGAAGGAACGACCAGGUCAUUUCUUUGGUCGGACGACAUGUCUUGAUCUCCAUGGUGGGAAUCGUGACUUGAGCAGUAGAAUCGAGUACAUCUUGAUAAGACUUUUCAUACCUGAAAAGAGGCCUACUUACCACAUGAGAUGCUUCCAAAUGUUAUACGCCGCUACACAGUGUUUCAGCCUUGCCCAUCUUCUUUGUUUGACGCACGAUCCAACCUGUCCUAUGAACCAUGGAAAAACACCUGUUGGAACAAUACGACGAGGUCAUGGGUCCCUUGGUGGAUUAAGGUACGGCUUCGAGUUCCAACAGGCUGGGAUUAUUGAAGAAUAA